ACCAUUUGGCAUUUUAUUCGAUCAAUCAUUCAAUCAUCAGAAAUCGUUUCAUCCGAAUGUUACUCUAGCAAAAUAACCAAAACAACAUCAAAAAUGCCUUGUACAACAUCAACAAAUCCUCGUGUUCAUCCAAUCAAUGGUCAUCGAUUUGUGGCAACAUUAUUACGUCAACCAACAUUUUGUUCACAUUGUAAUGGUUUUAUUUUCGGUAUCGGUAAACAAGGCUAUCAAUGUCAAGAUUGUCGUAUGGUUGUACACAAACGUUGUCAUCAAUCGGUAACGAUUAAUUGUCCAACAAAUCAACAUUUGGUUGAUGAUUCGGCUGCUGCUGCUGCUGCUGUUGUUGAUGAUCAUCAACAACCACAUCAUUUUCAACCAAAAACAUUUACAACACCAACCUAUUGUAAUCAUUGUGGAUCAUUAAUCUAUGGUUGUAUUAAUCAAGGUGUUCGUUGUAAUGGUUGUCAAAUGCAUAUUCACCAUCGUUGUCGUAAAAAUGUUGGUGAUUAUUGUGGUAUGGCUGGUGGUGAUCGACAACAACAAUUUGCCCAAUGUAUGACAUGUAGUGGCCAUCAAGGACCACAAAUGAUAGCUGCAGCUAAUAUUUCGGUUGCUUGAACUAAAUGAUUUGGAAUUUUUGCGUUUUGGAAAAAAAAUUUUUUGUUCAUCAAAAUAGUUUACGAAAAUAAUUUUUCUUUUUCAUUUUUUUAUUCUA